AUGGGAGCCUCCUGCCAUGCCUGUAUUGGCGGCACAAACGUCCGCAACGAGGUGACUAAGCUCCAGGCUGAGGCUCCCAACAUAGUGGUUGGAACGCCAGGCCGCGUGUUUGACAUGUUGAACCGCAAGUUCCUCUGUGAGUAAUGACCUCAGGGUCUUUGUUUAUGUUUGUGUUAUUCUGCAUUUAUAAAAAAAAAUAUUGUGACCAGAUUUGUAUAGAUAGGUUGGAACCGGUUCGGGGAACAGAACCGGAAAUUGACUAAAUGUUUAGAGGAACAGAAUCAGAACCUGAUGUGGAAAAUGAUCACUAUACUUAUUAAAUAUCUUCCAGAGUUUUUGUAGAAUCAAGAUAGACUUUAUUACAUAGCGCAACAAAAGCCGAGCUGGUCUGCAGAGCAACUCUCGUCUACCUCUCAGCUCUCCGUUUAUAUAGUCAUAUUCACAUACAUCUUAGCUUAUAGCCCCUCCCUCUUGGGUUCCCCCACCACCAUCCUCAGUUUCCCCCUCUCGACCGCUCCGCCCACUUCCUUAGUCUAUGAUAGCGGCUAAAUUUGACUUUUAUUCAGUUUAGAAUCAAUAGUAGUACCAUCAAUCAAGCCCUUGCCAUGCACAAAUAAUCAUGUUCAGUUUAAACUGUUCAACCCUGGCUUGACCUGAAGAUUGAUUGUUGGACAUGACAGGUCCACACUCAAUCUCUCAAACAUACCCAAAUCCCAACUCCCCUCUCCCGUCAUGCUGCAAUUACUCAUGAUUAGUCUAAACUCUGUUCAACUCUGGCUCCGCUCUCAGGACUUUGUUUGAAUAGAUAGGCAAAAGGCAACAGUCUGGUUUCAGUCUCUAAUAAGGUAGGACAACCAUGGAUUAGGUAAGAGCUAGGAAUUUGACCCGAGGUCAGAUCCCCAUUUCACACACACCCAGUGAAAGGAACCAAUUAAGUUAUUGCCUAGCAACAGAGAAUUCUGACUAUAUGUUCGUCAUGUGGGGCGGCAGGUAGCUUAGUGGGUAAGAGCGUUGUGCCAGUAACCGAAACGUCGCUGGUUCUAAUCCCCGAGCCGACUAGGUGAAAAAUCUGUCGAUGUGCCCUUGAGCAAGGCACUUAAUCCUAAUUGCUCCUGUAAGUCGCUCUGGAUAAGAGCGUCUGCUAAAUGACUAAAAAUAAAAAUUAAAAAAAAAAGAAAAAUUGUCUGUGAUUAACUUUGUUUAGCAAUAGUUUACUGAAAAAUCUUCAUCAUGGGACUAUCAUUGGUCCCAAAUCCUUACAAAAGUAUAUAAUGAUUAAUAUAGUAACUAACAUAAGAAUAAUUGUUUAUGCUAUCAAGCACAAUCCUUGCAUUUAAGGUUAUAGUUUUGAAACAUUAAGAUUCAAAGUUUCUACUCAACAAAACCAUAUACGUGUAUCCUAACACAUUAAAACUAACGUAGCGUUGUUUUAACCAUAAUAUCUAGGGCGUGGUCCUCUGUAGCUCAGCUGGUAGAGCACGGCGCUUGUAACGCCAAGGUAGUGGGUUCGAUCCCCGGGACCACCCAUACACAAAAAAAAUGUAUGCACGCAUGACUGUAAGUCGCUUUGGAUAAAAGCGUCUGCUAAAUGGCAUAUUAUUAUUAUUAUUAUUAUUAUUAUUAUCAUGUUGAGAGUAGUGUCAACAUCUUUAGCUCACAUAACGUCUUUACCCAUAUCACAAGUAGUAUAUCAAUCUAAAGAAUCAAUAUCAAUAUGUAAUCCAUUAAUUGCAGUGUUAACAUCUUUAGUUAUUAACAUAUUAAUAACUUAUUCAAAUCAAUCAGUCAUCUUACAACUCAUAAUCAUAAUCAAAUGAAUUACCCAAAACAAAUUUAGAAUGACAAUUCUUAGUUAUUCACCUUGGUUCCAUCACUCAAAGUUAAAACCCUCACCUUAGCACCCAUUGACACUGGCAGUUUAUAUUAACAUACAGUAUAAUUAUCCAUAAUUCAGUAUCUCAAUGCAUUCUUAGUCUAAAUUACUAUACAUUUAGCACUGUGUAUACCUUCUUAACCAACCUAAUACCCCAAAUAACAAUCCCUUCCUCCACCGGCACUCAAUCUUCUGGCGUGUCUUCAUUAUGUUCUUCAGAUAGGCCCCGUGUAGCUCAGUUGGUAGAGCAUGGCAUUUGCAAUGCCAGGGUGUGGGUUUGAUUCCCACGGGGGGCCAGUAUGAAAAAUUUAUGCACUCACUAACUGUAAGUCGCUCUGGAUAAGAGCGUCUGCUAAAUGACUCAAAUGUAAAUGUAAGAUAGCUUCAUAGUUCAGCUUGGAUUGCCCAUGACAAUGUCCCAAUUCCAAUGUCACACCUGAGCCGCCCCACCUCUACCCCCAUUCUGUUUUGUCCAUUUGCCAACCAGUAUACCAGCACCAUGAGAGAUGUUAUAUUUGAACAGAUCUCUUUUCAUUCCCACUCCACAUGGACUCCUGUCAUACUCUUGAGAGAAAAUGCAUAAGAGAAAAGGCAGUUGAUUGCUUCGAUUGGAUGCUGGUUCUGAUUUAGGUCUCUUGGUAGAAGUGGCGCUGGACAGGAACGUCUUCAACGCCUUUGUUGCUCCUCUUCAGCCGGGUAGAGGGUUUUUAUUGAGGUUCACACCGUUCUGGACAGAAUUUUCUCUGCUAUGCAUUAAGACACCAUCCGUAGUAACCUCGAGAAAGGGCAGAUCAUAACAGUUUAGUUGAGUUCAUUUCCAAUCCAAAACAUCCCUAUAAGCAUUGACUAUAUGACUAAUUAUUAUGUUUCACCAAUUAUUCUUAAAACCAAUUUCUAAUACUUGACCCUGCUGCCUGAUAGAUUUUUCUUUGAGGGGUCCCUGCAUUCCAAAGGCUAUCUGUAUAAAUGCCACCGUUUCACAUUCUCCCUUGAAUUCUCCCAAAUUAUAUAACCCAAUUGUUUUAUUGUAACACUCAUAUUUUUGCUCAUAGUCUAUUUGAUAUUUCUCUGGUGUUUCCCUUUUCCUUGUCUCUAUUCUAACAUCUCAUUGCUUACACUUCUCUCCCCAUUGGUUGAUUAUAAAAUUGUUUAUAUUUAGGAUUUCCUAAAUAUGACAAACAUUCUGCUGGGCAAUAUGGUCUUUCCGAGUUCCUUAGAUAACAGAAGUUGUGGUUGAACAUAGCACAGUCCUGGUAACUGUGGGAUUUGGAAAUACUGUUAAUUAUUUUAAAGGAGAUGAAGUGCAUACUAGAUAGUUUUAAUGUAGUAUAUUGUGCCCAUCUAUACCAGUCAUUGUUUAGCGCCUCCUUCCAUUCCCUUUCUUCUGCUUUUGGUGGGGCUCUAACAUGUAAAGGGUUUAGUGCACUUUCCCAAGGAAUAACUACUUCAACAACCCUGCCCCCUGGAAAUGUAGCACUUAUAAGUACUACAUCAAAUUGUUUAUCUAAGUCUUGGGCUUCUACCCUUAUGUCUAUGAUCCACCUGUCUUUUUCUUUUAUUAUCUUAAGGUCACAGUUACCCCAUGUGAUUUCCCCAUACUCCUUGUGCUGGUUCCUCCCACACCAAUAACCAUUUGACCCUCGUACUUUAAUAGGGAUUCAUUUCUGUAUUUUAGUUAAGGUUCCUGCUUGUGCAGGAAUAUACAUUUUAAUCCUGUCUGUUUCUAUUCUCUGUCUUGAUCUUUUGCUCUUCACUAUUGUCAGUAUGCCAUUCCCCUUAUUCUUAGGGGGACUAGUCAAGGGCAGAGAAAUCAAUGAUGGGGAUAUCUGGUGCGUCUUGGGAUGUCUGGAAUAUCUUGGAGGUCUGGGAUCUCUUGGAGGUCUUGUAGGUCUGGGAGAAUCAGCAAGAGCACGUAGCUCAUCAGUAGCAUUCCCAAUGCCAUUCUCCCCCAUCUCAUGAUUCUGGCCAGCUCCAUCAUCCUCAGCUCCCUCAUCUCUAUGUAGUCGGUUACCUCGUGGUACUCUGGUACAGUGGAUUAGAUGAUACCAGGUCGAUCUCCCCUCUAUCCGUACAGCCGUUGGUGUAGCCUGGAUGACGAUGUAUGGUCCCUUUAACUCUUAACCUUCUUCCGUCACUAGGGUCUCUGGAUCAGCCAGAGUCCCUCUCAAUCCAUUGACAUUGGUCUUGGGAGAGUUUCCUUCUGGCAGUUUACCAAUAGGGAAGCUCGGAGUCAACGCUGCAGACACAUAAACACAGACAGACACAAAAUAAAACUAUGCUACCCAACGGCGGGGCCAUCUUCCUCUCCUGGGGUUGGAACACUCCUACGGUGGGACACAUGGAUCUAAGUAUCUGUCUCUGCCACUUUCACCGUCAUUGAGGAACACCUGGUACAGGCCCCUCCACCUAGGGUCUUUCCAGCUCUUUCUUCUGUAGUCUUUUACCGCCACAUAGUCUCCAGGGUGCAGAAAAUGCUCAGAUUCUCCUGCUCAGUUGGGCAGAGUUGCCUUCACCCACGGGAAGAAAGUCUUAAGAACAUUGUUAGGUUAGGUGAGACACAUUAUGCUACUGUGCACCUCCUUGCAGCUUGUUGCAGUCCACUCGUUUCAUAGACAGGCCUCCUCUACUCCCUGCCUCCUACCACAACUAUACUUUCACAUUAAACAUUUAACCUAACCCAUAACACAUUAAUUACUACUGCUCAUACACUUAAUACAAUUUGCAUAUUUUACCAAAAAGCCCCAUGCGACCAGUACUCCCCCCCCCCCCCCCCUUUGGACACAUGACUCCCAUCGUGAUUCAUGCGUUCAAAAAACAAAACAACAACUUUGCCUGUUAAACCAAAAUAAUAAAUGAAAUUAAAAUGACAACCUUUGAUAAUAUCUUAACUUAAUUGUAUCCCAUAAGAUUACUCAAGGAAUAGCAAAAUUAGGUAGUGACAGGUAUCCCUCAUUCAGGACUCGCUCUCUCACUCUGUCUUUGUCAUGGUUGGAAUAAUAUAUAGGACUAUUGCCAAAUUGUAAACUUCUUCAUAAUUAUCAGUGUUAUAAAUGACCCUCAACUCGGUAGAAUAAAUUACCUUAAACUCAUCAUCCUAUGUCACUCGGUUUUUCAGUGUGGGUGAUCAAAUCACACUAGAAAGUCAGGACAAAGGUCAGAGGUAAUUCAAACCCUUCAAAGAAGUGUUUCAUUCUAUAGUAGACUUAUUUACAUUUACAUUUACAUUUUAGUCAUUUAGCAGACGCUCUUAUCCAGAGCGACUUACAGGAGCAAUUAGGGUUAAGUGCCUUGCUCAAGGGCACAUUAACGUCAUUUAGCAGACGCUCUUAGCCAGAGCGACUCGCAAAUUGGUGCGUUCACCCUAUAGCCAGUGGGAUAACCACUUUACAAUUUGGGGGGGGGGGGGGGGUUAGAAGGAACACUUUAUCCUAUCCCAGGUAUUCCUUAAAGAGGUGGGGUUUCAAAUGUCUCCGGAAGGUGGUGAGUGACUCCGCUGUCCUGGCGUCGUGAGGGAGCUUGUUCCACCAUUGGGGUGCCAGAGCAGCGAACAGUUUUGACUGGGCUGAGCGGGAGCUAUGCUUCCGCAGAGGAAGGGGAGCCAGCAGGCCAGAGGUGGAUGAACGCAAUGCCCUCGUUUGGGUGUAGGGACUGAUCAGAGCCUGAAGGUACAGAGGUGCCGUUCCCCUCACUGCUCCAUAGGCAAGCACCAUGGUCUUGUAGCGGAUGCGAGCUUCAACUGGAAGCCAGUGGAGUGUGCGGAGGAGGGGGGUGACGUGAGAGAACUUGGGAAGGUUGAACACCAGACGGGCUGCGGCAUUCUGGAUGAGUUGUAGGGGUUUAAUGGCACAGGCAGGGAGGCCAGCCAACAGCGAGUUGCAGUAGUCCAGACGGGACUACUGCAACAGUCAAAACAUUUCAUACAUUUUUGUGUACAGUUAGUCCUUAGUACAGCUCUUUUCAAAAGAACUCACAUGUAUUUACUUAACUCACUCAGUAAAUAAAACCUCAGAAAAUUCCAUGUGUGUGCCCCUUUAAGAUAUAUAGUUUCCAACCCGUGAAAAUAACCCUAAAAUAAAACCCCUAUACAACUAACAUUUAUUAAUAAGUGUGUAGUUUGUGGUUAUUUGAAAAGCAUAUAGUAAAACAACAAACAAAAAUGGCCAGGCCUUAUCUAUAGUCUCGGGAAACAUUUCAAAGAAAGAGAAAAUCACUCCCCCUAUUUUCCUGGAAGAAAAAGUGCACAUUCCGUUAGUUUCCAUUUUAAUACCUCUUAACCAGUCCAAACAAUUCAAAUUCGAAAAUCCUCACUUUCUAUUGAAUUUACCAGUCCACAUCUCCGCCUCCACCAACUCAGAAAACCCUCAAGACCAUCACUCGUGACUCCUCCCCUCCCCUGUCAAUUCCACAAUCCAGUGCACAUAAAACGAUAUAAAGUCUCAUGAGAUUAAAACCCCUAGGCUUUUCCAACAUGCUUCAUGACUUCGAAAACUCAAAUCCCCAAAUAUGCUAUCUCUUGCCUUGUUGGUUGUACUUUCCUACAUGCCUUGUGGCCCCUCUCUACCAAAAUAGUUUACUAAUGUGAUGAUGUUCUGGCCUAUCAGUGUUCCCAUCUUCCACGCCCAUAACAAUUCACUACAACACAAAACUCCUCAAAUUCACACCUUUCAGCGAUUGUUUAAAUGCAGCGUGAUACAACGUUUGCCUAUUUUUAACCAUCAUUCGUGCUGUCGCCCAUAUACAGUCGUGGUCAAAAGUUUUGAGAAUGACACAAAUACUAAUUUUCACAAAGUCUGCUGCCUCAGUUUUGAUGAUGGCAAUUUGCAUAUACUCCAGGAUGUCAUGAAGAGUGAUCAGAUGAAUUGCAAUUAAUUGCAAAGUCCCUCUUUGCCAUGAAAAUGAACUUAAUCCCCCCCAAAAACAUUUCCACUGCAUUUCAGCCCUGCCACAAAAGGACCAGCUGACAUCAUGUAAGUGAUUCUCUCGUUAACACAGGUGAGAGUGUUGACGGGGACAAGGCUGGAGAUCACUCUGUCAUGCUGAUUGAGUUAGUAUAACAGACUGGAAGCUUUAAAAGGCUUGAAAUCAUUGUUCUUCCUCUGUUAACCAUGGUUACCUGCAAGGAAACACGUGCCGUCAUCAUUGCUUUGCACAAAAAGGGCUUCACAGGCAAGGAUAUUGCUGCUAGUAAGACUGCACCUAAAUCAACCAUUUAUCGGAUCAUAAAGAACUUCAAGGAGAGAGGUUCAAUUGUUGUGAAGAAGGUGUCAGGGCGCCCAAGAAAGUCCAGCAAGCGCCAGGACCGUCUCCUAACGUUGAUUCAGCUGCGGGAUCGGGGCACCACCAGUGCAGAGCUUGCUCAGGAAUUGCAGCAGGCAGGUGUGAGUGCAUCUGCACGCACAGUGAGGCGAAGACUUUUGGAGGAUGUAUUGGUGUCAAGAAGAGCAGCAAAGAAGCCACUUCUCUCCAGGAAAAACAUCAGGGACAGACUGAUAUUCUGCAAAAGGUACAGGGAUUGGACUGCUGAGGACUGGGGUAAAGUCAUUUUCUCUUGGGCAUCCGGAAAACACCUUGUCCGGAGAAGGCAAGGUGAGCGUUACAUCAGUCUUGUGUCAUGCCAACAGUAUAGCAUCCUGAGACCAUUCAUGUGUGGGGUUGCUUCUCAGCCAAGGGAGUGGGCUCACUCACAAUUUUGCCUAAGAACACAGCCAUGAAUAAAGAAUGGUACCAACACAUCCUCCGAGAGCAACUUCUCCCAACCAUCCAAGAACAGUUUGUUGACGACCAAUUCAUUUUCCAGCAUGAUGGAGCACCUUGCCAUAAGGCAAAAGUGAUAACUAAGUGGCUCGGGGAACAAAACAUCGACAUUUUGGGUCCAUUGCCAGGAAACUCCCCAGACCUUAAUCCCAUUGAGAACUUGUGGUCGAUCCUCAAGAGGCGGGUGGACAAACAAAAACCCACAAAUUCUGACAAACUCCAAACAUUGAUUAUGCAAGAAUGGGCUGCCAUCAGUCAGGGUGUGGCCCAGAAGUUAAUUGACAGCAUGCCAGGGCGGAUUGCAGAGGUCUUGAAAAAGAAGGGUCAACACUGCAAAUAUUGACUCUUUGCAUAAACUUAAUGUAAUUGUCAAUAAAAGCCUUUGACACUUAUGGAAUGCUUGUAAUUAUACUUCAGUAUACCAUAGUAACAUCUGACAAAAAUAUCUCAUAACACUGAAGCAGCGAACUUUGUGAAGACCAAUACUUGUCAUUCUCAAAACUGCCAAUUUACAUGUCACCUUUCAGAAUCCAUUAUCUUUGACUCUCAGAAAGAUUCUCUAACCCCACUAAAUGUAAUACUUUUCCCUGUCGCAAAUACAGUCAAUUUCUCAGUGUAAGGAAUCAGUGAUUUUUGAGCCCAAGCAUCUAUUAAAAUGUUGUUUGAGACGUGGUUUCCUACAUCUCCCUUAACCUUCAUACUGUAGGGGACUUCCAUCAAUCCUAGAAGAAAGACUCCCACUCAAGACACAUCAGAUAUUACCACGUUUCAUUAAGUGGAAUAUACGCCUAUAAAAUAACAAAACCACAACCACUUUCCGGUAAUCUAAUCAUUUCAACCUGUUGCAUUGAUUUAGUAAAAAUAUAAAUUUGUUGUUUAAUCAAUCCAGAACCCUACCAUUUUAAUAGUCAAAAUUACCUGCCAUCCAUUUUCAACGUACCAGAAAUAGAUUUACCAUUUUAGAAUUCAGUAACUGUUUGCAUAAAUCACAGGUGUCACUCAAACUAUAGCACUGAGUAGUAAUAAUUAGAAUUUAUCAAAUAACCUUUCCAAUUCACCUAUUCAGACCUCUGCUUCAAAUAUCCCAUUGCGUAUCUUACAUCUCUAUAUCGCCCAGCGAGCACAACUCUUUCACCCGCACACUAAAUCAUGACAUUAGUAAAGUCUAUCCACAAACCACCAAUAACUCAUAACAUAUUUGCAUUCACAUUACUGGAAGGCAUUAUUUUAAUUCCAGUCUACUCAAACACUUCCACAUUUCCCAAUGAACCUACUUUCCUUUUAACCCAGAAAACCCUCUACAAUCUCUAUCAUCCUCUACCUCUGUCUUUCCAUUUAACGCUACUUUAGCAGGUGAACAGUUAUUUUUAAAUUAUAGUCAAAACAAACAAAACAUCUCUUCACAGAGAAGCCACUAAUUACUAUGUUACCCCAGACCGCCAUGAGUUGGUAGGACAAUCCCUUUCAGAUAAUCCAAUCAUUGCAACCAGUGAUCCGGGUCAACAACAUCAAUGUACCAGAUCUGCUUCCGUCCCUCUCCUCGCCCCAACCUGGGCUCGAACCAGGCACCCUCUGAACACAUCAACAACUUCAUCCCACGAAACAUCGUUACCUAUCGCUCCACAAAAGCCGCGGCCCUUGCAGAGCAAGAGAAACAACUACUUCCAGGUCUCAGAGCGAGUGACCUCAUCGAUGGAACGCUACUAGCGCGCACCACUAACUAGCUAGCCAUUUCACACCGGUUACACUCACCCCCCUUUGACCACCUCCUUUUCCGCAGCAAACAGUGAUCCGGCUACACCAAACUUAACCCAUUACGUCCCUUACAGCUCGCUCGAGUUCAGCGAGCCCCAGUCGCUAACAUCCGCAGACUAAAACAUGGAAACGCUUCUAUUCUUACUAGUAGAUAACAAAUAAAACCCAUUCUCAACCAACGUUCUGCGUUUACCUCUAUCAUAAGGUCAAAAACUACUUUCACAAUACUAGAUUGCUGUUUUAGCCUUAUGUUUGGUUCAGUGUCUUUGUUAGGAUGUAGGCCACCAAUAUUUUCCUUACUGUUUUCCUCAUGCCUAAUUGUUCUCUUAUUAUUGUCUCUCAUUUUGGACUAACCCACUGAACUUCUCUCAAUACUUAUAGACACUUCUAAUUGAGGAUCUCCUAUUGUUUUCCUGUCUGCCCUUUCCCUCUUAUGCCCUGAGUUCUUCCCCUAAUGUCAGCCAAGGUUCAACCUGUUAAUCUAUUGGGAUUAUUAGAAAAUACAACCUUUUGUCCAAUUCCUUUCUACUAUCCCAGCCCAAUCUAUAUAUGGCCACUCUUCUCUUGCUUCUGCUAAAUGUGUUAUUUCUGUUAGCGAUCUCAGCUAAAAGUUUUUAUAUUCCUCAGUUAAUGGUAUCUUUCUCCCUAAUAUAUCUUCAUACUCUGCUUCUUUCCAAAAAUGUGUUUUUAUCCCUUGUGCUCCUCCUUUUAAUAUUAUUUUAUUCCCCUUGUCCCCGUGCUCCACUUCCCAUUAAGAUAACACACUCACUUCCCUGUGCUUCGGUAUUAUAUUCUUAUUUUUCUUUGUUCCCUUAUCUUAUCUCAAACCUAUAAAAUACCCCCCUCACUCUCCUGUCCUUAGGUAUUUUCCCAGUGGUCUAUUCAGUCUUAGGUCACUAAACCACCCCCUAUUGUCCCCUAAUAAUAUUCACGUUACUAUUUUCUCAAAUAUUCCUACGUUUCCAUUUUUGUACUCUACUUUAGGUAUCCCUAAUAUAUCUUCUUAUACCUUCUUUUCCUUUGUUAUAUUCAAAUCAUGGCCACGGCUCUAUUGUAAUUGCCAGUCCGCUAUUACAUUUAUGUAACUGUCCUUUCUGAUUAGGCUAUAGUUAAUAAAACAAACACUUGCUAUAGUUGACAAGCAUACAUUCAGUUCAUAUCCAUAUUUAAUUCAACAUUCCAAAUUACAACCCUAUUCAUAGUAGUUUAAACUAUCAAAUCAUUAGGCAACGCAAAAACGGACUACCUCGAAAUCAUCCCUCUAUUCCUGUUGAAUUAAUGAGUCUUUCAAUUUGAAACAAGCAAGCUGCUAAAUCGUCCAGUCUAACAUCGCAAAAUCAAACACUGGCUGUUCUAUCAAUCUAAGCAACCCAUAACCAUAGUCUAACUACAAUCAGAAAACCUAGAUUUUAGUCAGUAAUGCAGAACCUAUGCUUUAUUGAAAUUACAAGUAAAUCCUCCUUUAUUCCAAUUAUAAUGGUCUGUAGUCUUAACAUCUGGCACAUAAUGAAAUUCCUUCACUUCCUCACCAUAGCUCCUCAAUGAUAAUUUGUUUAAUGGAAACCCUAAAUUGGCUUUGUACCAUGUUAUAAGUCUACGUCUAUAAAUUCCAGUCCUUAUGGGCAGUUUAUUCCUUAAGCCUUAUCUCUAUCACAUGAUCCAUGAACGGCACCAACUCCGAAAACUUUUAUUUAUCUUUUCCCACCUCUGACGUACGUCUACGUUUUGGGGUUAACAUAUUGUAUACUAAUAAUAUUCCAAUUAUGACAUUUAUCACAUCUCUAGUAAUCGCUUAAACAAACAUAAAAUGCAUCAUAUUCACAUAAUCCUCAUAGAAUGUUAGAACUCCUAGGUACUCACAUCAAACAAACCCUUCUUUGUUUAACGAUUCUCAAUCGACACAAAUCUUCUUCUACAAACACCCUCCAGCGGAACCAAAAAACAGACUGUAGUUUCCAGAACACCGCCCUGCCUGUCAUGGGAUCCACCUUGCAAAUACAGACUUUCCACAACUUUGUAAAACACCAUUCCGCUCUUAAUACCACUCCUUGAUCUUCUAUGACCUAAGCCUGUUAUAUAUCGAAACUUAUUAUCCAAACUUACAUUAAAACUAAUUCCCAUAUUCACACAACUCUCAGAUCACAUUCACACAAUACUAUUUCCUAACACACUUAAUCAAUAUUCGUAUAAUAUUUUAUUCUAUCAAAGGGCCCAAAUUUGGAACGUUAACCCUAUCACAUUUAUUAUUUUACUGUGGUCAAUUUUACCAUAAUCCUACAUCACUUCUAAAUUUCCCAAAUAUAAUGAUACCCUAAAAGAUUGGCCAAAAUACAAUGUCUAGACGUCACACAAACACACCGGUACCUGUGACCUGUUCCCCUAACAGGAUUUCUCAUACUCCUACUGGUAAAGACACACACACCUUCUGAUCCCCUUCUGAUCAGGACACACACACACCUUCUGAUCCCUUUCUGAUCAGGACACACACACACCUUCUGAUCCCUUUCUGAUCAGGAGACACACACACCUUCUGAUCCCCUUCUGAUCAGGACACACACACACCUUCUGAUCCCCUUCUAAUCAGGACACACACACACCUUCUGAUCCCCUUCUGAUCAGGACACACACACACCUUCUGAUCCCCUUCUAAUCAGGACACACACACACCUUCUGAUCCCUUUCUGAUCAGGACACACUCACACACACCGGUAACGAUGAGCAGCCUCUUGUGCCGAAAUGAAUCGAACAGAAUGGCCAGCAAGACAAACAAAUGAAUCAGACGAAUUGAACAAAUACAUCAGAUGAACAACUGAGUGAAUUCGACAGAUUGAAUGCACGAAUUGAGUCAGACCAGUGGACAAAGAUGAAAGAGUUGCUUUCGCAAACCCAAGCAGGUCCAACAAACCAGUCUUGGACAAAACGAGUCAGAUAAAACAAUCGAACCACACAAAUUGAUCAAGCUGACCAAAUGAGCAAGCUGAAUGAGACAGAUGAAACAUACAACUUAAUCACAAUUGAAUGACUCACAGCCGCUCAAGCAAACCAUUCACCCACACGAGAUGAGCAGACCUACUCUAUUUAACACUUUCUGUAUAUUUUGAAGCCCUUGUGGCUAUUUCACAACCGUUCACCUACUCUGGAUGACCGGCGCUACUUCCAAUUUAUGGUGUUACCUACUCAGGAUGACCUACUUUUUUUUACCCGAUUGGCCCUAUGUAUUGCAUCCCCUGGGCUGUAUCCGCAUGAUUUUUUAUUUAGUUACUGCCCACCUACUCUGGACGAGCAAAACUACUUUUUAAACUUCUUGUCUACUAGCCUGCGUCUCUGCUAACCUGCUUGUCUACUAGCCUGCCGGUCUGCUAGCUUGCGUGUCUGCUAGCCUGCCCGUCUACUAGCCUUCGUGUCUGCUAGCCUACUCGUCUGCUAGCCUGUGUGUCUGCUAGCCUGCUCGUCUGCUAGCCUGCUCAAACAUCAAUUGUCAACAACAUUGCAUGCAUGCUUAUUUAUCAUUCCAACAAAAACUUUUCCUAAAUGUAGUCCUUAAUACUGGAGAGAUCCCUCUAUUGUACCUUACCUUCAGAUUCAGCUUGAUCGAAUCACACAAUUUCUAUGUUAAAAGUAAGAACGUCGCUUACCUCUAUUAACAGUGGCCACUGUAUUUUUGUGUGUGAUCCGUCCAAACUUUCUCAGACGGUGUAGUAACCCCAAUGGUCUAUUUUUCCAGUCCCAUCUGGGUCGCCAAUAUGAUGUGGAAAAUGAUCACUAUACUUAUUAAAUAUCUUCCAGAGAUUUUGUAGAAUCAAGAUAGACUUUAUUACAUAGAGCAACAAAAGCCGAGCUGGUCUGCAGAGCAACUCUCGUCUACCUCUCAGCUCUCCGUUUAUAUAGUCAUAUUCACAUACAUCUUAGCUUAUAGCCCCUCCCUCUUGGGUUCCCCCACCACCAUCCUCAGUUUCCCCCUCUCGACCGCUCCGCCCACUUCCUUAGUCUAUGAUAGCGGCUAAAUUUGACUUUUAUUCAGUUUAGAAUCAAUAGUAGUACCAUCAAUCAAGCCCUUGCCAUGCACAAAUAAUCAUGUUCAGUUUAAACUCUGUUCAACCCCGGCUCACCCUGACUUGACCUGAAGAUUGAUUGUUGGACAUAACAGGUCCACACUCAAUCUCUCAAACAUACCCAAAACCCAACUCCUCUCUCCCCUCCCGUCAUGCUGUAAUUAGUCUAAACUCUGUUCAACUCUGGCUCCGCUCUCAGGACUUUGUUUGAGGAGAUAGGCAAAAGGCAACAGUCUGGUUUCAGUCUCUGAUAAGGUAGGACAGCCAUGGAUUAGGUAAGAGCAAGGAAUUUGACCCGAGGUCAGAUCCCCAUUUCACAAAUUAAGUUAUUGCCUAGCAACAGAGAAUUCUGACUAUAUCUUUGUCAUGUCUGUGAUUAACUUUGUUUAUCCAAUAGUUUACUGAAAAAUCUUCAUCAAACCGCGAAUGAAAAGUGAUCUAUACUGUUCCAAACAGAAUGGUUAUUUUAAAAGCAUGGGAACCGGUUCACCCUGUAGGUCUAAGGCCUUAGAUUACAAUAUCAAUCAAUUUUCAAUCAAUUUUAUUUUAUAUAGCCCUUCUUACAUCAGCUAAUAUCUCGAAGUGCUGUACAGAAACCCAGCCUAAAACCCCAAACAGCUAGUAAUGCAGGUGUAGAAGCACGGUGGCUAGGAAAAACUCCCUAGAAAGGCAAAACCUAGGAAGAAACCUAGAGAGGAACCAGGCUAUGAGGGGUGGCCAGUCCUCUUCUGGCUGUGCCGGGUGGAGAUUAUAACAGAACCAUGCCAAGAUGUUCAAAAAUGUUCAUAAGUGACAAGCAUGGUCAAAUAAUAAUCAGGAAUAAAUCUCAGUUGGCUUUUCAUAGCCGAUCAUUAGAGUUUAAAACAGCAGGUCUGGGACAGGUAGGGGUUCCAUAACCGCAGGCAGAACAGUUUAAACUGGAAUAGCAGCAAGGCCAGGCGGACUGGGGAUAGCAAGGAGUCACCACGGCCGGUAGUCCCGACGUAUGGUCCUAGGGCUCAGGUCUCUCAGUUGGCUUUUCAUAGCCGAUCAUUUAGAGUUGAAAACAGCAGGUCUGGGACAGGUAGGGGUUUCGUAGCCGCAGGCAGAACAGUUGAAACUGGAAUAGCAGCAAGGCCAGGCGGACUGGGGGCAGCAGGGUGUCAUCAUGCCCGGUAGUCCUGACGUAUGGUCCUAGGGCUCAGGUUCUCAGAGAGAAAGAGAGAACGAGAGAAUUAGAGAGAGCAUACUUAAAUUCACACAGGACACUGGAUAAGACAGGAGAAGUACUCCAGGUAUAACCAACUAACCCCAGCCCCCCGACACAUAAACUACUGCAGCAUAAAUACUGGAGGCUGAGACAGGAGCGGUCCGGAGACACUGUGGCCCCAUCCGAAGAAACCCCUACACAUCUGGCACAUUUUACAGCCCAGUACUGGCGUAGAGCAGAACAACCGACACCUUCUUGUUUGUGAUAGUCUCCCCUUUCGAUAUUGGUGACAUAUUAGUUUGUAGCUCACAUGGUUCAGGUUUUACAGUUUGUGGCGAUUUUCUUGUCCGGAUCCUCUCAUGUAGGAAAAGGCUGCUUUGACAAGCCCCAUAUUAUGGAAUGGGUGCAAACCUUACAUCGGUCUGUUUAUUACAUUUUUUGUUUACUGAACAGAGUAUUGAGAUUGGACUAUUUUGUGUUCUGAACUAAGUGCUCAUCUUCCCCCACAGCUGCUAAGUACAUCAAGAUGUUUGUCCUGGACGAAGCUGAUGAGAUGUUGAGCCGGGGUUUCAAGGACCAGAUCUAUGAGAUUUUCCAGAAGCUUUGCACCAGCACACAGGUAAGAGGGCCACACACACACACAUACACACACACACACACACACACACACACACACACACAGGUAAGGGGACAGACUGUUAAACAGUCCAUUAGGAUGCUAUGAUGACAAGAUUGCGCCAACAGACACGGUCACCCUGUUUCUAGCUCCUAGACAACUUUGCAGUAUUUCUUUUGGUGUUAUUUCUUACAUUAUUUGCUCAGAAUAAGAUUGAAUCGUACUACUCCGGCUCUGACGCUCGUCGGAUGUGGCAGGGCUUGAAAACUAUUACAGACUACAAAGGGAAGCACAGCCGCGAGCUGCCCAGUGACACAAGACUUCCAGACGAGAUAAACCACUUCUAUGCUCGCUUCGAGGCAAGCAACACUGAAGCAUGCAUGAGAGCACCAGCUGUUCCGGAUGACUAUGUGAUCACGCUCUCCAUAGCCGAUGUGAGUAAGACUUUUAAGCAGGUCAACAUUCACAAGGCCUUAGGGCCAGACGGAUUACCAGGACGUGUACUCCGAGCAUGUGCUGACCAACUUGCAAGUGUCUUCACUGACAUUUUCAACAUGUCCCUGACUGAGUCUGUAAUACCAACAUGUUUCAAGCAGACCACCAUAGUCCCCGUGCCCAAGGACUCUAAGAUAACCUGCCUAAAUGACUACCGACCCGUAGCACUAACGUCUGUAGCCAUGAAGUGCUUUGAAAGGCUGGUCAUGACUCACAUCAACACCAUUAUCCCAGAAACCCUAGACCCACUCCAAUUUGCAUACCGCCCCAACAGAUCCACAGAUGAUGCAAUCUCUAUUGCACUCCACACUGCCCUUUCCCACCUGGACAAGAGGAACACCUACGUGAGAAUGCUAUUCAUUGACUACAGCUCAGCAUUCAACACCAUAGUGCCCUCAAAGCUCAUCACUAAGCUAAGGAUCCUGGGACUAAACACCUCCCUCUGCAACUGGAUCCUGGACUUCCUGACGGGCCGCCCCCAGGUGGUAAGGGUAGGUAACAACACAUCUGCCACACUGAUCCUCAACACGGGGGCCCCUCAGGGGUGCGUGCGCAGUCCCCUCCUGUACUCCCUGUUCACCUAUGACUGCAUGGCCAGGCACGACUCCAACACCAUCAUUAAGUUUGCCGACGACACAACAGUGGUAGGCCUGAUCACCGACAACGAUGAGACAGCCUAUAGGGAGGAGGUCAGAGACCUGGCCGUGUGGUGCCAGGAUAACAACCUCUCCCUCAACGUGACCAAGACAAAGGAGAUGAUUGUGGACUACAGGAAGAAAAAAAAAGGGGGACUGAGCACGCCCCCAUUCUCAUCGACGGGGCUGUAGUGGAACAGGUUGAGAGCUUCAAGUUCCUUGGUGUCCACAUCACCAACAAACUAUCAUGGUCCAAACACACCAAGACAGUUGUGAAGAGGGCACGACAAAGCCUAUUCCCCCUCAAGAGACUGAAAAGAUUUGGCAUGGGUCCUCAGAUCCUCAAAAAAUUCUACAGCUGCACCAUCGAGAGCAUCCUGACUGGUUGCAUCACCGCCUGGUAUGGCAACUGCUUGGCCUCUGACCGCAAGGCACUACAGAGGGUAGUGCGUAUGGCCCAGUACAUCACUGGGGCCAAGCUUCCUGCCAUCCAGGACCCAGAGGAAGGCCCUCAAAAUUGUAAAAGACUCCAGCCACCCUAGUCAUAGACUGUUCUCUCUGCUACCGCACGGCAAGCGGUACCGGAGUGCCAAGUCUAUGUCCAAAAGACUUCUCAACUGCUUCUACCCCCAAGUCAUAAGACUCCUGAACAGCUAAUCAUGGCUAUCCAGACUAUUUGCACUGCCCCCCCCCACCCCAUCUUUUUACGCUGCUGCUACUCUGUUAAUUAUUUAUGCAUAGUCACUUUAACUCUACCCACAUGUACAUAUUACUUCAACUACCUCAACUAGCCGGUGCCCCCGCACAUUGACUCUGCACCGGUACCCCCCUGUAUAUAUAGCCUCCCUACUGUUAUUUUAUUUUACUUCUGCUCUUUUUUUCUCAACACUUUUUUGUUGUUUUAUUCUACUUUUGUAUUAAAAAUAAAUGCACUGUUGGUUAAGGGCUGUAAGUAAGCAUUUCACUGUAAUGUCUGCACCUGUUGUAUUCGGCACAUGUGGCCAAUAAAAUUUGAUUUGAAUGUUUGUAGUAUUAUUUCCUACAGCCGAAAAUAACUUUUGGACAUUAGAUCGGUGGCCACUCACCAGAAAUUUGACUUCCCUGACCUGGAUCCUUCCCGAGGCAGCCCCAUUCAUCCUGGGUGCUACACCAAAACGUUGACGUUGGAGGAGAGGGAGAAGUGGGGUUCUAGUCAGGCUCAGGUGGCGAGCAAACCAUCCACCACUUCAGAGUAUUACUCGCUAACGUUAAGUCCCUGGACAGUAGUAAAGUAGACGAGCUCAGGGCGAGAAUCUCCAUUCAGAGAGACAUAAUGGACUCUAACAUACUCUGUUUUACAGAAUCAUGGCUCUCUCUGGAUAUAUUGUCUCCAUACAGCCAGUGGGGUUCUCUGUUCAUCGCGCGGACAGGAAGAAAUAACUAUUUGGGUGGAGGGGAUGUCUUAUAAUUAACAACUCAUGGAGUGAUUGUGGUAACGUACACAAACUCAAGGCCUUUUCUUCUCCUGAUCUGGAAUACCUCACCAUCAAAUGCCAACCACAUUACCUCCAGAAAGAAUUUUCUUCGGUUGUCACUGCCGUGUAUAUUCCCCCACAAGCUGACACCGCGAUGACUCUCAAGGAACUACACUGGACUUUGUGCAAACUGUAAACCGCAUAUCCUGAGGCCGCAUUUAUUGUAGCUGGUGACUUUAAUCAAGGAAAUCUGAGGUAAAUGCUCCCGAAAUUCUACCAACACAUCUCCUGUGCUACACGCGGAGAGAACAAAGCCCUCCCCCGCCCUCCCUUCGGCAAAUCAGAUCACGCCUCCAUCUUGCUCCUCCCCGCCUAUAGACAGAAACUUACACAUGAAGCACCUGUGGUAAGGACUGUUCAACGUUGGUCUGACCAAUCAGAAUCUAUGAUUCAAGACUGUUUUGAUCACGCGGACUGGGAAUAGUAUUGACGUAUACACGGACUUGGUGACUGGAUUCAUCAGGAAGUGUGUAGAGUAUUUUGUUCAUACUGUGACGAUUAGAACAUAUCCAAACCAAAAACUGUGGAUAGAUGGCAGCAUUCGCAUCUAACCACGACACGGUGACUGGGAACAUCUAUGACCUCCGUAAGGCAAUGAGAUGCAAAAUUACAAUACAGGGACAAGUUGCAAUUUAACGACUCAGACACGAGACGCAUGUGGCAGGGACUCCAGACAGACGAGGGAUAGCCAGCCACGUCGCGAACACCGAUGCCUCUCUCCCGUGCAAGCUAAACACCUUUUCUUCACCUGCUUUGAGGAAAACAACACAGAGCCGCCAAUGUGGGCCCCCGCCGCUAAUGAGGACUGUGUGCUCCCCAUCUCUGUGGCCUUCAAGUGUGUUAAACGAUAAGAAAAAGUAAUACAAUUCCAGGUGAACUUACAAUGCAGAAUAAUAGGGCCAGGCAAUGAGGUUAUAUACUGAACAAAAAUAUAAACGCAACAUGUAAAGUGUUGGUCCCAUGUUUUACGAGCUGAAAUAAAAUAUCACAAUCUUUAUUUCUCUCACAUUUUGUGCACACAUUUGUUUACAUCCCUAUUAGUGAGCAUUUCUCCUUUGCCAAGAUAAUCCAUCCACCUGACAGAUGUGGCAUAUCAAGAAACUGAAUAAACAACAUGAUCAUUACACCGGUCAAUAUCCAGUAACUUCGCACAGCCGUUGAAGAGGAGUGGGACAACAUUCCACAGGCCACAAUCAACAGCUUGAUCAACUCUGUGACGGAGAUGUGUUGCGCUGCAUGAGGCAAAUGGUCACACCAGAUACUGACUGACUGUUUUUCUGAUCUACACCCCUACCUUUAAAAAAAAAGGUAUAUGUGACCAACAAAUGCAUAUCUUUAUUCCCAGUCAUGUGAAAUCCAUAGAUUAGGGCUUAAUGAAUUUAUUUCAAUUGACUGAUUUCCUUAUAUGAACUGUAGCUCAGUAAACUCUUUGAAAUCGUUGCAUGUUGGUUUAUAUUUUUGUUCAGUAUAAAUGUCUUGGUACGUCAUGGUAUUUAACAAAGUACUUUUUUAGUAGAGAGUGGUCUGUGCGCAGGCAAGCAGGCUGUGCGCAGCAGCAGCUCAAGAUUAUUUGAUUGACAGUUCUGGUUGCCUAGUGAUGGACUUUAGUCCCACUUCAGAAGUGGCAUUCCUUUACAGAAGCGGCAUUCCUUUACCCCGUGCUCGCAAGACUAGCUCGAAGACAUCGAUGCCAUGAAUAGGCUAGGAUAUUCUAAAUGCAAUAAACCGAAGACUGAACACACACUUGCAUCAUUAGCAAAUAGACAGAGCCGGCAGGCCAGCUUGAGGGGGAGAGAGAGGCUGAAGCUUGCUCAUAUGUUUUGGUAAUCUGCAUCUUGUGCUCCCGAGUGGCGCAGCGGUCUAAGGCACAGCAUCUCAGUGCUUGAGGCGUCACUACAGACCCCCUGGCUGUAUCACAACCGGCCGUGAUUGGGAGUCCCAUAGGGCAACGCACAAUUGGCCCAGCGUCGUCCGGGUUUGGCCGGUGUAGGCCGUCAUUGUAAAUAAGAAUUUGUUCUUAACUGACUUGCCUAGUUAAAUAAAAAUAAAUUAAAUCUCGUAAUGUCUUGUCUUCACCUCUUCCUCUCUGGUUUUAUUUGAAUUGCACAACUUCCCCAGGCCUUUUAUAGCCUAUCGGCUAUAAAACUGAAAAUAAUGUUUUGUGAUAACUGAACUGUGAUUUUAUUUAAGUGGGGGUUGGGGGGGGGGGGGGGGCAAAGACAUUAGUUUUUCAGUUAGGGACUUUUCUUAACAUUAAGGAUCCCAACUUUGUUUAAACGUUUUAAUGUUUAAACAUUCACACCCCUAGUUUCGGUACUAGUUUAAAAAAAAAAAUAUUUAAGAAAAUACAAAGUGUUGGUAUUCCUGAUUCCAUACAGUAUGUGAUCAUAUAAUGCCUCAUGAGAGCACAAUAAGGAAUACCAACGCUUUGUAUUUUCUUAAAUUAAAACACACGAUUACGCAAACUAAAAUAAAGUGCAAUAUGCAUGUGAAAUCAAUAUGUAAACAUGGCUCAGACAUUGUAUAGGUUUAUGCUAUGUUUCGUUACAAAGAGAAAAAUAUGCACACUUGUGUGACUCAUAAUGGGGGCGUGUCUGUAGCACGGUACUUGUCAUCUCCCACGCCGGGCUAAUGUGAUGGGCUGUCACUGUUAAGUAGCUCUCUGUAGCCUUGGGUCUAUUCAUCUGUAGUAAGCGCAACACAGGGGGCAUUGGCCAAUUCAUUGACAACUUCGACUUUAGCUUGCUUAUUUCUUAUGCCUUCAGAAAGUAUUCACACCCCUUGACUUGUUCCACAUUUUGUUACAGCCUGAAUUUAAAAUGGAUUACAUUUAGAUUUUGUGUGACUGAUCUACACAUAAUACAUUUACAUUUUUUACAUUUUAGUCAUUUAGCAGACGCUCUUAUCCAGAGCGACUUACAGUUAGUGAGUGCAUACAUUUUUCAUACUGGCCCCCCGUGGGAAUCGAACCCACAACCCUGGCGUUGCAAGCGCCAUGCUCUACCUACUGAGCUACAGGAGGCCCAAUACUCCAUAAUGUCAGUGGAAUUAUGCUUUUAGAAUUUUUUUCAAACUGUAACUAGGCCACUCAGGAACAUUCAAUGUUGUCUUGGUAAGUAACUCUAGUGUAUAUUUGGCCUUGCGUUUUAGGUUAUUGCCCUGCUGAAAGGUGGAUUUGUCUCCCAGUGUCUGGUGGAAAGCAGACCUAAACAGGUUUUCCUCUAGGAAUUUGCUUGUGUUUUAGCUCCGUUCCUUUUCUUUAAAAAUAAAUAAAUAAAGAGUGGUAACUCAUUGAUGUGUUGGAUUUGCCCCAAACAUAAUGCACAAAAAGUCAAUUUCUUUGCCUGUUUUUUUGCAGCAUUACUUUAGUGCGUUAUUGCAAACAGGAUGCAUGUUUUGGAAUAUUUUUGUUCUGUACAGGCUUCGUUCUUUUCACUCUAAUUGAUGUAAGUAUUGUGGAGUAGCUACAAUGUUGUUGAUCCAUCCUCAGUUUUCUAUCACAGCCAUUUAACUCUGUAACUGGUUUAUAAUCACCAUUGGCCUCAUGGUAAAAUCCCUGGGUGGUUUCCUUACUCUCCAGCAACUGAGUUAGGAAAGAUGCCUGUAGAUCUUUGUAGCGACUGGGUGUAUUAAUAAACCAUCCAAAGUGUAAUUAAAACUUCACUAUGCUCAAAGGGAUAUUCAAUGUCUGCUUUUUUCUUUUUUACCCAUCUACCAAUAGGUGCCCUUCUUUGCGAGGUAUUGGAAAACCUUCCUGGUCUGUGUCGUUGACUCUGUGCUUGAAAUUCACUGCUCGACUGAGGGACCUUACAAUUAUCUGUAUGUAUGGGGUACAGAGAUGGGGUAGUCAUUAAAAAAGAAUGUUAAACACCAUUAUUGCACACAUAGUGAGUCCAUGCAACUUUAUUAUCUGACUUGUUAAGCACAUUUUUACUCCUAAAUGAUUUAUGUUUGCCAUAACAAACAUGUUGAAUACUUAUUGACUCAGCUUUUCAUUUUUUAUUAAUUUGUAAAACAUUCUAAAAGCAUAAUUCCACUGACAUGAUGGGGUAUUGUGUGUAGAUCAGUCACACAAUCUAAAUGUAAUCCAUUUUAAAUUCAGUAUGUAACAAAAGGUGGAAAAGAUCUAGGGGUGUGAAUACUUUCUGAAGGCACUGUAGAGCGGGUACUACCUGUUUGCUGAAAUGGGUGCAAGAGGGCAAAGUUCGUAAUGUGGCUCGAAAGACAGUGUUGUUCUCACCCAACAAGAAUGUGCGCAUAUCUGCGGUUAUAAACAUACCUAUCGCUCUCAAAUUUCUUUGGCCCGGUCAGAAUCUGCUGUGAAGGGCUGCUUGAAUGCAGACGGGAAACUAAGUCGUUUUUUUUUUGCAUUUCUGUCUUGCUCCGGUGGUAUGAAUACUGGGGUGAUGUUGGUGUAAAUGUGUCAACGUUUGAGGUGUUGGCAGCUGGAUAGGCUAUUCUCGUUGAGCAGUGGUGACAUACUCUGUCUGUCCAUUGCCGUUGUAAUCUACUGGGAAGCCAAAAUGUUUUUCAAACUGGAGAUUUAAACGACGAGGGAAAAUUCUCCUGGUUUAUCGACCCCACCACUAGCCAUUGUACAGAACUAGUUCCAGGCUGCGCCUCACUAAAGUACAGUUCGAAAUGUGCCAAUUAAGAUUCAAAUUUUACAGCAUGUGCAAUAGGCUCUAGUUGUUUUAACGGAAUAGACCAUGUUUAUUUCAGCUCAGAUUUACUCAAGUCAUACAACGCAGCGUAGUCAUAGCCUAUAGGCCUAGAGUUUUGAUUUGGUGUAUGUGUAUAUAUAUAUAUUUUAUGUAUUCAUUCAGGUUCAGUGCAGACCGACCCGAGGUCUCCGUACCCAACGGUUCGAUACGAAUACGUGGACUGUUACACCCCUACAAGAAAGCGAAGACUACUGAACUAAAUGACUUAUCGCCCUGUAGCACUCACUUAUGUCAUCAUGAAGUGCUUUGAGAGGCUAGUUAAGGAUCAUAUCACCUCCACUUUACCCGACACCCUAGCCCCACUACAAUUUGCAUAUUGCACCAACAGAUCCACGGACGACGCAAUUGCCAUUGCACUGCACACUGCCCUAUCCCACCUGGACAAGAGGAAUACAUACAGUGGGGAGAACAAGUAUUUGAUACACUGCCGAUUUUGCAGGUUGUCCUACUUACAAAGCAUGUAGAGGUCUGUAAUUUUUAUCAUAGGUACACUUCAGCUGCGAGAGACGGAAUCUAAAACAAAAAUCCAGAAAAUCACAUUGUAUGAUUUUUAAGUAAUUAAUUUGCAUUUUAUUGCAUGACAUAAGUAUUUGAUACAUCAGAAAAGCAGAACUUAAUAUUUGGUACAGAAACCUUUGUUUGCAAUUACGUUUGCAAUUACAUACGUUUCCUGUAGGUCUUGACCAGGUUUGCAUACACUGCAGCAGGGAUUUUGGCCCACUCCUCCAUACAGACCUUCUCCAGAUCCUUCAGGUUUCGGGGCUGUCGCUGGGCAAUACGGACCUUCAGCUCCCUCCAAAGAUUUUCUAUUGGGUUCAGGUCUGGAGACUGGUUAGGCCACUCCAGGACCUUGAGAUGCUUCUUACGGAGCCACUCCUUAGUUGCCCUGGCUGUGUGUUUCGGGUCGUUGUCAUGCUGGAAGACCCAGCCACGACCCAUCUUCAAUGCUCUUACUGAGGGAAGGAGGUUGUUGGCCAAUAUCUCGCGAUACAUGGCCCCAUCCAUCCUCCCCUCAAUACGGUGCAGUCGUCCUGUCCCCUUUGCAGAAAAGCAUCCCCAAAGAAUGAUGUUUCCACAUCCAUGCUUCACAGUUGAGAUGGUGUUCUUGGGGUUGUACUCAUCCUUCUUCCUCCAAACACGGCGAGUGGAGUUUAGACCAAAAAGCUCUAUUUUUGUCUCAUCAGACCACAUGACCUUCCCCCAUUCCUCCUCUGGACCAUCCAGACGGUCAUUGGCAAACUUCCGACGGGCUUGGACAUGCGCUGGCUUGAGCAGGGGGACCUUGCGUGCGCUGCAGGAUUUUUAUCCAUGACGGCGUAGUGUGUUACUAAUGGUUUUCUUUGAGACUGUGGUCCCAGCUCUCUUCAGGUCAUUGACCAGGUCCUGCCGUGUAGUUCUGGGCUGAUCCCUCACCUUCCUCAUGAUCAUUGAUGCCCCACGAGGUGAGAUCUUGCAUGGAGCCCCAGACCGAGGGUGCAGGUAACGAGUUCAAACAGGUGCAGUUAAUACAGGUAAUGAGUGGAGAACAGGAGGGCUUCUUAAAGAAAAACUAACAGGUCUGUGAGAGCCGGAAGUCUUACUGGUUGGUAGGUGAUCAAAUACUUAUGUCAUGCAAUAAAAUGCAAAUUAAUUAUUUAAAAAUCAUACAAUGUGAUUUUCUGGAUUUUUGUUUUAGAUUCCGUCUCUCACAGUUGAAGUGUACCUAUGAUAAAAAUUACAGACCUCUACAUGCUUUGUAAGUAGGAAAACCUGCAAAAUCGGCAGUGUAUCAAAUACUUGUUCUCCCCACUGUAUGUAAGAAUGCUUUUCAUCAACUACAGCUCAGUGUUCAACACCAUAGUGCCCUCCAAGCUCCUCACUAAUCUCAGGGCCCUGGGUCUGAACCCUUCCCUGUGCAACUGGGUCCUAGACUUCCUGAUGGGCCGACUCCAAGUGGUGAAGGUAGGCAACAACGCCUUUGCCACGUUGAUCCUCAACACACGGGCCCCACAGGGUUGUGUGCUCAGCCCCCUCCUGUACGCCCUGUUCACCCAUGACUGCGUGGUUUGCUGACAACAACAGUGGUAGGCCUGAUUACCAAAAACAACGAGACAGCUUACACGCUCCCAUCCACAUCGACAGGGCCACACUGAGCACGCCGCCAUCCACAUCGACAGGGCCGGAGUGGAGAGGGUAAAAUAUUUGUUUUUAAAGUUCCUCUGCGUGCACAUCACUGAGAACCUGCAAUGGUCCCUCCACACCGACAGCUUGGUGAAGGCGCAACAGUGCCUCUUCAACCUCAGGAGGCUGAAGAAAUUUGGCUUGGCCCCUAAGACCCUCACAAACUUCUACAGAUGCACCAUCGAGAGCAUUCUGCCGGGCUGUAUCACCACCUGGUACAGCAACUACACUGCCUGCACUCCAUGACAUCUACCGUGUGUCACAGGAAGGCCAAGAAGAUCAUCAAAGAUCUCAACCACCCGAGCCACGGGCCUGUUCACCCCGCUACCAUCUAGAAGGAGGAGACUGUAUAGGUGCAUCAAAGCUGGGACCGAGAGACUGAUGAGCGGCUUCUAUCUCCAGGCCAUCAAGACUGUUAAACAUUCAUCACUAGUCGGCCUCCGUCCGGUUCCCUACCCUGAAUCUUGAGGCUGCUGCGUUAUGUACAUAGUCAUUGAACACUGGCCACUUUAAUGUUUACAUACUCUUACCCACUUUGUGUGUAUAUGGUGUAUUCUAGUCAUGGCUCAUCUUAAAUAACUACUGCUGUUCACACCUUUUUCUAUUCAUAUUAGGGCUGUCCCCGACUAAAAUAAAUAUUGGUCGACCGAGAGUCAUCCUGUUCUUUCAACCAGUCGAUUGGUCUAAAUGUUUAAAGUAAUUUUUCCAUAUAUAGAUAGACUAUGUGUUUGAAUAAAAUCAUCUACAUAAGCACUGAGCUUGUCUGAUGCUUUAAGCACACUGUUUGAUGAAAUAAUUAAGACACACAAAUGACUCAAAGAGCCUGAUGGUCACACUGUGUUAAAAAUGACAGUGAGUGCCUGUGUGACUGGCGCAUGUUCUCGCUCUCCUCCCUACUGCAGCAAAAUGGCAGCACAGCAAGUGUUUAUUGCGCUCUCCGUGCUGAAAUUGUAACAUAAUUUCAGCCAUUUAGUGUCUUACUUGUUUCUGACUGAAAAGUUAUGUUACCGAAAUCCCUAAUUUGUUUAGGAAAAACAUUCCCUAUUCCCUCAACCCUUGCUCUCUUUACAUGAAACAUGUAAGCAUCGCAUGCAUGUGACCAAUAGGGCCUGACCUAUAACCUAUCAUAAUCACAUCAAUAAAUUGGUUAUAACAAACGGCAAAUACAGUAAUGUCGACAACAAAAUGGAUGCAGAGGACAUGAAAAAGAAACUCGAAAUGGCCGAAUGUUUACUGGUUGCUCAGGAGGGAAAGGGGAAGUCAGAUCUGUGGAAGACAUUUGACUUAGUUGUGGAAACGACCGUAAUUUUCGGACUAUAAGCCGCACCUUUUUUCCAAUUUUUCGACCCUGCGGCUUAUAUAACGGUGCGGCUAAUCUAUGGAUUUUUACAGCUAACGGCCACUAGAAGACCUCCUAAAUCUAUGGAUUUUACAGGUUACAGUCCACCAACUUUAACUCUAUGGGCUCUAUGACCGGUCCGCGCCCCCCACCUUUAAGCGGCGGGCUCCAGCAGGAAAAGCUGGAGGCCGGAAAAGAGUGAGACAGGUAGCGCGCAAAAGUAAAAGUGGAACCGAGAGUGGUACGAGAGACAGAACGAGAGACAGAACGAGAGCAAGACAGACAGACAUUACGAGAGCGAGACAGUUUGUCUCUUUCCCGACAAUCCCCUCUGUGCACGAACCCUUACAUAUGGUAAUUAAACAUUAAAACACCUGCGGCUUAUAGUCCAGUGCGGCUUAUAGAUGUACACAUCAUUCAAUCAAUCAAUUUUAUUUUAUAUAGCCCUUCUUACAUCAGCUAAUAUCUCGAAGUGCUGUACAGAAACCCAGCCUAAAACCCCAAACAGCUAGUAAUGCAGGUGUAGAAGCACGGUGGCUAGGAAAAACUCCCUAGAAAGGCAAAACCUAGGAAGAAACCUAGAGAGGAACCAGGCUAUGAGGGGUGGCCAGUCCUCUUCUGGCUGUGCCGGGUGGAGAUUAUAACAGAACCAUGCCAAGAUGUUCAAAAAUGUUCAUAAGUGACAAGCAUGGUCAAAUAAUAAUCAGGAAUAAAUCUCAGUUGGCUUUUCAUAGCCGAUCAUUAGAGUUUAAAACAGCAGGUCUGGGACAGGUAGGGGUUCCAUAACCGCAGGCAGAACAGUUUAAACUGGAAUAGCAGCAAGGCCAGGCGGACUGGGGAUAGCAAGGAGUCACCACGGCCGGUAGUCCCGACGUAUGGUCCUAGGGCUCAGGUCUCUCAGUUGGCUUUUCAUAGCCGAUCAUUUAGAGUUGAAAACAGCAGGUCUGGGACAGGUAGGGGUUUCGUAGCCGCAGGCAGAACAGUUGAAACUGGAAUAGCAGCAAGGCCAGGCGGACUGGGGGCAGCAGGGUGUCAUCAUGCCCGGUAGUCCUGACGUAUGGUCCUAGGGCUCAGGUUCUCAGAGAGAAAGAGAGAACGAGAGAAUUAGAGAGAGCAUACUUAAAUUCACACAGGACACUGGAUAAGACAGGAGAAGUACUCCAGGUAUAACCAACUAACCCCAGCCCCCCGACACAUAAACUACUGCAGCAUAAAUACUGGAGGCUGAGACAGGAGCGGUCCGGAGACACUGUGGCCCCAUCCGAAGAAACCCCCGGACAGGGCCAAACAGGAAGGAUAUAACCCCACCCACUCCGCCAAAGCACAGCCCCCGCACCACUAGAGGGAUAUCCCCAACCACCAACUUACAAUCCUGAGACAAGGCCGAGUAUAGCCCACAGAGGUCUCCACCACAGCACAAACCAAGGGGGGGGGGGGGGGCGCCAACCCAGACAGGAAGAUCACGUCAGUAACUCAACCCACUCAAGUGACGCACCCCUCCCAGGGACGGCAUGAAAGAGCACCAGCAGGCCAGUGACUCAGCCCCUGCAACAGGGUUAGAGGCAGAGAACCCCAGUGGAGAGGGGAACCGGCCUGGCAGAGACAGCAAGGGCUGUUCGUUGCUCCAGCCUUUCCGUUCACCUUCACACUCCUGGGCCAGACUACACUCAAUCAUAUGACCUACUGAAGAGAUAAGUCUUCAGUAAAGACUUAAAGGUUGAGACCGAGUCUGCGUCUCUCACAUGGGUAGGCAGACUGUUCCAUAAAAAUGGAGAUCUAUAGGAGAAAGCCCUGCCUCCCGCUGUUUGCUUAGAAAUUCUAGGGACAAUUAGGAGGCCUGCGUCUUGUGACCGUAGCGUACGUAUUGGUAUGUACGGCAGGACCAACUCGGAAAGAUAGGUAGGAGCAAGCCCAUGUAACGCUUUAUAGGUUAACAGUAAAACCUUGAAAUCAGCCCUUGCCUUAACAGGAAGCCAGUGUAGGGAAGCUAGCACUGGAGUAAUAUGAUCAAAUUUCUUGGUUCUAGUCAGGAUUCUAGCAGCCGUAUUUAGCACUAACUGAAGUUUAUUUAGUGCUUUAUCCGGGUAGCCGGAAAAUAGAGCAUUGCAGUAGUCUAAUCUAGAAGUAACAAAUGCAUGGAUUAAUUUUUCUGCAUCAUUUUUGGACAGAAAAUUUCUGAUUUUUGCAAUGUUACGUAGAUGGAAAAAAGCUGUCCUUGAAACAGUCUUGAUAUGUUCGUCAAAAGAGAGAUCAGGGUCAAGAGUAACGCCUAGGUCCUUCACAGUUUUAUUUGAGACGACUUUACAACCAUCAAGAUGAAUUGUCAGAUUUAACAGAAGAUCUCUUUGUUUCUUGGGACCUAGAACAAGCAUCUCUGUUUUGUCCGAGUUUAAAAGUAAAAAGUUUUCAGCCAUCCACUUCCUUAUGUCUGAAACACAGGCUUCUAGCGAGGGCAAUUUUGGGGCUUCACCAUGCUUCAUUGAAAUGUACAGCUGUGUGUCAUCCGCAUAGCAGUGAAAGUUAACAUUAUGUUUUCGAAUAACAUCCCCAAGAGGUAAAAUAUAUAGUGAAAACAAUAGUGGUCCUAAAACGGAACCUUGAGGAACACCGAAAUGUACAGUUGAUUUGUCGGAGGACAGACCAUUCACAGAGACAAACUGAUAUCUUUCCGACAGGUAGGAUCUAAACCAGGCCAGAACUUGUCCAUAUCAUUCAAUAUCAUUCAAUUUAGCUGCUGCGGCUUAUACUCCGGUGCGCCUUAUAGUGCGGGAAAUACGGUACUGGAGAUCAAGAAAAAGGAGGGUAUAGGUGCAAGCGUUGCGUGAGUAUUGUGUGCCGAACAGUUGCUGUUAGAUUACAAUAUUAUUUGUAUUAUUAUUCGGACGAUUUGGAACAGUGUAAACAACACUAAAUAAAUAUGUAUACCAGAGUCUGUUCUAACAAAACAAAUGUGUGUAUAUAUAAAGCCUUUAUUACAACAGACAAAACAGUUGCUUUACUUUACUUUUUAUUUAAUCAUUUACUUUUUCCACAUUUUGUUACGUUACAGCCUUAUUCUAAAAUGGAUUAAAUACAUAUUUUUCCUCCUCAAUCUACACACAACACCCCAUAAUGACAAAGCAAAAACAGGUUUUUAGAAAUGUUUGCAAAUGUAUUAAAAAUAAAAAAACAGAGGUACCUUUAUUUUCAUAAGUAUUCAGACCCUUUGCUAUGAGGCUUGAAAUUGAGCUCCGGUACAUCCUGUUUCCAUUGAUCAUCCUUGAGAUGUUUCUACAACUUGAUUGGAGUCCACCUGUGGAAAGGCACACGCCUGUCUAUAGAAGGUCCCACAGUUGACAGUGCAUGUCAGAGCAAAAACCAAGCCAUGAGGUGGAAGGAAUUGUCCAUAGAGCUCCAAGACAGGAUUGUGUCGAGGCACCGAUCUGGGGAAGGGUACCAAAAAAUAUCUGCAGCAUUGAAGGUCCCCAAGAACACAGUGGCCUCCAUCAUUCUUAAAUGGAAGAAGUUUGGAACCACCAAGACUCUUCCAAGAGCUGGCCGCCCGGACAAACUGAGCAAUUGGGGGAGAAGGGCCUUGGUCAGGGAGGUGACCAAGAACCCGAUGGUCACUCUGACAGAGCUCUAGAGUUCCUCUGUGGAGAUGGGAGAACCUUCCAGAAGGACAACCAUCUCUGCAGCAAUCCACCAAUCAGGCCUUUAUGGUAGAGUGGCCAGACGGAAGCCAGUCCUCAGUAAAAGGCACAUGACAGCCCGCUUGGACUUUGCCAAAAGGCACCUAAAGGACUCUCAGACCAUGAGAAACAAGAUUCUCUGGUCUGAUUAAACCAAGAUUGAACUCUUUGGCCUUAAUGCCAAGCAUCACGUCUGGAGGAAACCUGGCACCAUCCCUUAGGUGAAGCAUGGUGGUGGCAGCAUCAUGCUGUGGGGAUGUUUUUCAGCGGCAGGGACUGGGAGACUAGUCAGGAUCGAGGGAACAAUGAACGGAGCAAAGUACAGAGAGAUCCUUGAUGAAAACCUGCUCAGGACCUCCAGACUGGGGCAAAGGUUCACCUUCCAACAGGACAACGACCCUAAGCACACAGCCAAGACAACGCAGGAGUGGCUUCGGGACAAGUCUCUGAAUGUCCUUGAGUGGCCCAGCCAGAGCCCGGACUUGAACCCGAUCGAACAUCUCUGGAGAUACCUGAAAAUAUCGGUUGCAGCGACGCUCCCCAUGCAACCUGACAGAGCUUGAGAGGAUCUGCAGAGAAGAAUGGGAGAAACUCCCCAAAUUCAGGUGUGCCAAGCUUGUAGCGUCAUACCCAAGAAGACUAAAGGCUGUAAUCGCUUCCAAAGGUGCUUCAACAAAGUACUGAGUAAAGGGUCUGAAUGCUUGUCUAACUUUAAUAUUUCGGUUUUAUUUUAUAAAUUUGCUAUAAAAAUAAAUAAAAACUAUUUUUGCUUUGUCAUUAUGGGUUAUUGUGUGUAGAUUGAGUAGAAAAAAUAAUUGUAUCAAUUUUAGAGUAAGGCUGUAACGUAACCAAAGGUGGAAAAAGUCAAGGGGUCUGAAUACUUUCCGAAUGCACUGUACACAUAUUUAUAUUCCGGUCUCUGACAUUGCUCGUUCUGAUAUGCUUUAAUUUUUUGUUUUUACUUUUGGCUUAUGUGUGUAUUGCUAUGCAUUACUGCAGUGUUGGAGCUAGAAACAUAAUAAUUUUGCUGCGCUUGUGAUAACAUCUGCAAAUCUGUGUAUGCAACCAAUAAACGUUGAUUUCAUGCUCUUCCUGCUGCCUCUUUGGAAUGAUUCAGGACUUUGAAUAAAGAAUGUUUUGAUGACAAGAUUAUCACAACAGAAUGAAGCAUCAACUUGGUGAAUGUAGAAUCGUUGUGUCUGAGAGAGUGAGACUUUCCUCUGUCAGGUAUUUGUUCUAUAGAGCCUAGCUAAUACCUUUCGCAAUCCUAUUUUCCAGGUGGUGCUACUGUCUGCCACCAUGCCUCAGGAUGUUCUGGAAGUCACCAAGAAGUUCAUGCGUGAGCCAAUCCGUAUCCUUGUGAAGAAGGAGGAGCUCACCCUGGAGGGUAUUCGCCAGUUCUACAUUAAUGUGGAGAAAGAGGUAUUGCUGUUCUAGAUGCUUGUUAUAGAAACGUGUGUAUAUAUAGAUAAAAUAUAUGGCUCUUAUAGAUGCUUGUGAAUAGUUUUGUUCCUUUGCUCUAUAUAAUCAAAACUGUUGAUUUAACAUAUACAAAACAUUUUAUCUAAAAGAAAACAAAAGUAAUUAAGUAGCCCCAUUUUGUCAAUACAACACAGUAACUCUUUGGGCUGGGAAUUGCCCGGGACCUCACGAUACGAUAUGCAAUUCUGUGAUUUUAUUGCGAUUGGAUGUUCCAAACGUAUUGCUCACCAUAUGUCUGCUGCAGAGGGACAAGAGAGAGCCAUGAGAAAACAAGUUUAUAUCAGUCAUGGAAUAAGUGCUAAAAACAAAUUGGCUCGCUAUUUAACACUAGACUGCAACAUUAUAACAGUGUAAUUAAUAAAUGUCAUAUAUAAUAAUCAUUUGAUUGCGUUUAUGAAGACCUUGUAAAGCAUUGGAAUACGAUUUGUAUUUAAUUUAAAAGAAGACAAUAGCAUUUUCAUUAGUUUGUUAAUGUAGGCUAUAUGUAAAAACAAAACAAACAAAUUCAAGUGUUCAAUUUAUUUUGUUGGUGGAGUACCUGUGUUACAACUAUGAAACAGAAAGUGUAUGUGUUGGAACACGGGAACCACUUCUUUUUUUAAGACACAUUUUAAAAAAUACCCCAACCACGAGCGGCCUUGAUGAUAAAUAGUUAAAAUCAGAAACAAAAGCAUUAUAAUCGGCUCCAAAGGUAUUGGGACAGUAAACAAAACAUUUUUUUGUUUAGGUUGAGUUUCGAGGUGAUUAUCAGCUGGGCACUGCACUUUGACCUGUUGGGAGAAGGAGUGGAGCAGGCCCUACUGUCGGGAGAAGGAGGGGCAACGGGGGAAACCAUAAAAAAAAUAUGACAUGCCCUCCUAAAACUGGUUAUAACUCCAGUUCUGUUUGUGAUUUGAAGAGUCUAACUACAGUGUGUUAUAUAGACUUAUUUAGGAAAAGUCAAGGACAAAGGGGGGCAUGACUUAAAUUGCAGAGUAAUUAAAACAUGUAAUUCAUAAGCAGUCAAAAUGACUUCUUUAGCGGUUCUAGUGUUAAAAAGAUGGAUAACAAGCUAUGAAGGAAGAAUACUGCAGUUUUGGUGCGAUAUUGUCAAAACGAUACGACAGAUCGUUAAAAAAAAUUAUCCCCCCUGUUACUAGUAACUGUGUUCUGUUCACAUAGAAUACUAAUCAGUAGGCAGCUUUCCAAUGACCCAGGUUUAUUCGACAAAAGCACAAAUCUUUGCGACAUCUGUAAUGGAAACGGCAGAUAGGAGACAUUUUCUAAAGAUCAGAUUUUAUAUUUUUUACAUCCGUUCGACAGGGUUGGAUUUAUCUUUUGUGGAACUUUUCUUUAUUGUGACAAAUUAUACUGGAAACUGUUUUUCUAAUAAAUAAUGAUUGCCAAAUAAUUUUGAAGUCACGUGGGACACGUGGUGUCAUCACGUAACUAUAAAGCUCCACAUUUAAUUCUAAAUUAUUCUGCUUGCAAAAUCUUUGCAGGACAUUGAUUGUCCUGACUUUCAAGAAUGCCUGAAUUGCGUCACUUUUCUUUUUUGGUUGGCUGGCAAGUUUCACCAUCCAAUUAUUUCAGCACUACAUGAGUGCAAGUUUCACUUUGCCACACAUGAGAGUGAUUAGAAUAUGGCAAAUAUUAGUCAAUUAUUGCCUUCUGUCCAUGUUGGCUUUCGCAGGCUACCUGAGACAUGAAACAGAUAGGUGUGAGUGCGUACAGGCUGUCGCCAAUGUAUUAAUGCACAAUUUAAUGGAAACACUUCAACCACCAUUUUUAUUCGACACUGUAGGGUUUUUGCUGAAGUGUUUUUUCAGGUGUGACGUCAUUACGUCCACUGUGGAUGGGAUCUCUGUCCCUUUCCGCAACUUAGCUUUAAAGCAACGUUAUUCCCAUGUCUCCAGUCUCAAUUCAACCCCCUUUCCAUUGUUAGGAGUGGAAGCUGGACACCCUGUGUGAUCUGUACGAGACCCUGACCAUCACCCAGGCUGUGAUCUUCAUCAACACCCGCAGGAAGGUGGACUGGCUGACUGAGAAGAUGCACGCCAGGGACUUCACUGUCUCUGCCCUGGUAAGAGCUCCUGCACCUCCAGCGCUGUGUCCAUGUCCCACAGUGUUGUCAUACCUAACACCCAGGUAUGUGUUUGGUGAUGGACAUACGGGUUGAUAAUGGUUUGUGUUAUGUGCGUUGAUGUUUUAGUAAUAAGUAUGUGGAUGAUGAUGAACAAAGGCCUACGGUGCCUUCAGAAAGUAUUCACACCCCUUGACUUUUUCCACCUUUGUUGUGUUACAAAGUGGGAUUUAAAUGGAUUGAAUUGUCAUUUUAUGUCAACGAUCUACACAAAAUACUCUGUUAAAGUGGAAGAAAAAUUCUAACAUUUGUAAAUAAAAUAAAAACUAAAAAACGAUCUUGAUUAGAUAAGUGUUUAACCCCCUGUGUCAAUACAUGUUAGAAUCACCUUUGUCAGCGAUUACAGCUGUGAGUCUUUCUGGGUAAGUCUCUAAGAGCUUUCCACACCUGGAUUGUGCAACAUUUGCCCAUUUAUUAUUUAAAAAAAUAUUCAAGCUCUGUCAAAUGUGCUUGUUGAUCAUUGCUAGACAACCAUUUUCAGGUCUUGCCAUAGAUUUUCAAGCAGAUUUAAGUCAAAACUGUAACUUGGCCACUACGGAACAUUCACUGUCUUCUUGGUAAGCAACUCCAGUGUAGAUUUGGCCUUGUGGUUUAGGUUAAUGUCCUGCUGAAAGGUGAAUUAAUCACCCAGUGUCUGGUGGAAACCAGACUGAACCAGCCUUUCCUCUAGGAUUUUGCCUGUGCUUAGCUCUAUUCCGUUUCUUUUUAUCAUAAAAAACUCCCUAGUCCUUAACGAUUACAAGUAUACCCAUAACAUGAUGCAUCCACCACUAUGCUUGAACAUAUGGAGAGUGGUACUCAGUAAUGUGUUGUAUUGGAUUUGCCCCAAACAUAACACUUUGUAUUCAGGACAAAAACUUAAUUGCUUUGCCACAUUUCUUUGCAGUAUUACUUUAGUGCCUUGUUGCAAACAGGAUGCAUGUUUUGGAAUAUUUUUAUUCUGUGCAGGUUUCCUUUUCACUCUGUCAAUAAGGUUAGUAUUGUGUAGUAACUACAAUGUUGUUGAUCCAUUUUCUCCUAUCACAUCCAUUAAACUCUGUAACUGAAAUCCCUGAGCGGUUCUCUUCCUCUCUGGUAACUAUGUUAGGAAGGAUGCCUGUAUCUUUGUAGUGACUGGGUAUAUUGAUACACCAUCCGAAGUGUAAUUAAUCUGUGUUUCAAAUGCACUGCUCAACUGAGGGACAUUACAGAUAAUUGUAUGUGUGGGGUACAGAUAUGAGGAAGUCAUUCAAAAUUCAUGUUUAACACUAUAAUUGCGGCCUCCAGAGUGGCUCAGCAGUCAAAGGCACUGCAUCGCAGUGCUUGAGGCGUCAAGCGACCGGAAGACCCAUGAGGCAGCGCACAAUUAACCCAGCGUCGUCCGGGUUAGAGGAGGGUUUGGCCGGCCGGGAUGUCCUUGUCCCAUCGUGCUCUAGCGGCUCCUGUGGCAUGCACGCUGACACGGUCGCCAGUUGUACGGUGUUUCCUCCGACACAUUGGUGCGGCUGGCUUCCGGGUUAAGCAAGCAGUGUGUCAAGAAGCAGUGCGGCUUCGCAAGGUCGUGUUUCGGAGGACGCAUGGCUCUCGACCUUCGCCUCUCCGUACGGGAGUUGCAGCGAUGGGACAAGACUGUAACUACCAUUUGGAUAUCCCGAAAAAGGGGUUAAAAGUACACAGAAAAAUAAAAUAUAAAAUAACACUAUUAUAGCAGACAGUGAGUCCAUGCAACUUCAGAAAGUGUUCACACCCCAUUACUUUUUCCACAUUUUGUUGUUACAGCCUGAAUUUUAAAUGUAUGAAAUUUUGAUUGUUUUUGUCACUGGCCUACACACAAUACCCCAUAAUCUCAGUGGAAUAAUGUUUUUCAAAAAUUUGACUAAUUAAUACAAAAUGAAAAGCUGAAAUGUCAAUAAGUAUUCAAGCCCUUUCUUAUGGCAAGCCUAAAUAAUUCAGGAGUAAAUGCUUAACAAGUCACAUAAAUUGCAUGGACUCACUCUGUGUGCCAUAAUAGUGGUUAUGAUUUUUAAAUGACUGCCUCAUCUCUGUACCCCACACAUACAAUUAUCUGUAAGGCCUCUGUCGAGCAGUACAUUUCAAACACAGAUUCAACCACAAAACCAGGGAGGUUUUGCAAUGCCUCGCAAAGAAGGGCAUCUAUUGGUAGACGGGUACAAAUAAAAAUAAAAAGUAGACAUUGAAUAUCCCUUUGACCAUGGUGAAGUAAUUCAUUUACACUCUGGAUGGUGUAUCAAUAAAUCCAGUCAUAAAAAGGUACAGGCGUCCUUCCUAACUCAGUUGCCGGAGAGGAAGGAAACCGCGCAGGGAUUUCACCACGAGGCCAAUGGUGAGUAAAACAGUUAGUUUUCUCCUAUCACAGCCAUUAAACUCUGAGGAUGGAUCAACAACAUUGUAGUUACUCCACAAUACUAACCUAAUUGACAGAGCGAAAAGGAGGCCUGUGCAGAAUAUAUUUUUAUUGCAAAAUAUGCAACAUGCAACAAGGCACUAAAGUAAUACUGCACAAAUAUGGCAAAGCAAUUAAUACAGUGUGUUUGGGGCAAUUCCAAUACAACACAUUACUGAGUAACACUCUCCAUAUUUUCAGGUAUAGUGGUGGCUGCAUCAUGUUAUGGGUAUGCUUGUAAUCGUUACGGACUGGGGAAUUUUUCAGGAUUAAAAAAUAAACGGAAUGGAGCUAAGCACAGGCCAAAUCCUAGAGGAAAAGCUGGUUCAGUCCGCUUUCCACCAGAUACUGGGAGAUGAAUUCAUCUUUCAGCAGGACAAUAACCUAAAACACAAGUCCAAAUCUACACUGGAGUUUCUUACCAAGAAGACAGAAAAUGUUCCCAAGUGACUCAAGUUACAGUUUUGACUUAAAUCUGCUUGAAAAUCUACGGGAAGACCUGCAAAUGGUUGUCUAACAAUGAUCAACAACCACAGCUUGAACAUUUUUCAAAAUAAUGGGCAAAUGUUGCACAAUCCAGGUGUGGAAAGCUCUUAGAGACUUAGCCAGAAAGACUCACAGCUAUAAUCGCUGCAAAAGGUACUUCUACAAAGUAUUGACUCAGGGGUUUGAAUACUUACGUAUAUGAGACAUUUCUGUAUUUAAUUUUCAAGAAAUGUGCAACAAUUUCUAAAUAUGUUUUCACUUUGUCAAGUGUAGAUGGGUGGGGAAAAAAUCUAUUGAAUCCAUUUUGAAUUCAGGCUGUAACAACAAAAUGUGGAAAAAGUCAAGGGGUAUGAAUACUUUCUGAAGGUACUACAGUGAGGGGAAAAAAGUAUUUGAUCCCCUGCUGAUUUUGUACGUUUGCCCACUGACAAAAAAAUGAUCAGUCUAUAAUUUUAAUGGUAGGUUUAUUUGAACAGUGAGAGACAGAAUAACAACAAAAAAAUCCAGAAAAAUGCAUGUCAAAAAUGUUAUAAAUUGAUUUGCAUUUUAAUGAGGGAAAUAAGUAUUUGACCCCUCUCAAUCAGAAGGAUUUCUGGCUCCCAGGUGUCUUUUAUGCAGGUAACGAGCUGAGAUUAGGAGCACACUCUUAAAGGGAGUGCUCCUAAUCUCAGCUUGUUACCUGUAUAAAAGACACCUGUCCACAGAAGCAAUCAAUCAAUCAGAUUCCAAACUCUCCACCAUGGCCAAGACCAAAGAGCUCUCAAAGGAUGUCAGGGACAAGAUUGUAGACCUACACAAGGCUGGAAUGGGCUACAAGACCAUCGCCAAGCAGCUUGGUGAGAAGGUGACAACAGUUGGUGCGAUUAUUUGCAAAUGGAAGAAACACAAAAUAACUGUCAAUCUCCCUCGGCCUGGGGCUCCAUGCAAGAUCUCACCUUGUGGAGUUGCAAUGAUCAUGAGAACGGUGAGGAAUCAGCCCAGAACUACACGGGAGGAUCUUGUCAAGAUCUCAAGGCAGCUGGGACCAUAGUCACCAAGAAAACAAUUGGUAACACACUAUGCCGUGAAGGACUGAAAUCCUGCAGCGCCCGCAAGGUCCCCCUGCUCAAGAAAGCAUAUACAGGGCCGUCUGAAGUUUGCCAAUGAACAUCUGAAUGAUUCAGAGGAGAACUGGGUGAAAGUGUUGUGGUCAGAUGAGACACAAAUCGAGCUCUUUGGCAUCAACUCAACUCUCUGUGUUUGGAGGAGGAGGAAUGCUGCCUAUGACCCCAAGAACACCAUCCCCACCUUUGGGGGUGUUUUUCUGCUAAGGGGACAGGACAACUUCACCGCAUCAAAGGGAAAAUGGACGGGGCCAUGUACCGUCAAAUCUUGGGUGAGAACCUCCUUCCCUCAGCCAGGGCAUUGAAAAUGGGUCGUGGAUGGGUAUUCCAGCAUGACAAUGACUCAAAACACACGGCCAAGGCAACAAAGGAAUGGCUCAAGAAGAAGCACAUUAAGGUCCUGGAGUGGCCUAGCCAGUCUCCAGACCUUAAUCCCAUAGACAAUAUGUGGAGGGAGCUGAAGGUUCGAGUUGCCAAACGUCAGGCUCGAAACCUUAAUGACUUGGAGAAGAUCUGCAAAGUGGAGUGGGACAAAAUCCCUCCUGAGAUGUGUGCAAACCUGGUGGCCAACUACAAGAAACGUCUGACCUCUGUGAUUGCCAACAAGGGUUUUGCCACCAAGUACUAAGUCACGUUUUGCAGAGGGGUCAAAUACUUAUUUCCCUCAUUAAAAUGCAAAAUCAAUUUAUAACAUUUUUGACAUGCGUUUUUCUGGAUUUUUGUUGUUAUUCUGUCUCUCACUCUUCAAAUAAACCUACCAUUAAAAUUAUAGACUGAUCAUGUCUUUGUCAGCGGGCAAACGUACAAAAUCAGCAGGGGAUCAAAUACGUUUUUCCAUCACUGUAUAUUAUGUGACUUGUUAAGCAAAUAUUUACUCCUUCUGCAUUGCUUGCUCUGCGGUUUUAGGCUGGGUUUCUGUAUAAGCACUUUGUGACAUAUGCUGAUGUAAAGUACUGUGACAUAUGCUGAUUUUGUACUCUCCCAAAUUUCGUGAUAUCCAAUUGGUAGUUACAGUCUUGUCCCAUCGCUGCGACUCCCCUACGGACUCGGGAGAGGCAAAGGUCGAGAGCCAUGCGUCCUCCGAAACACGAACCUGCCAAGCCGCACUGCUUCUUGACACAUUGUUCGCUUACCCCGGAAGCCAGCCGCACCAAUGUGUCGGAGGAAACACCGUCAAGCUUGCAACCGAAGUUAGCUUGCAGGCGCCCGGCCCUCCACAAGGAGUCGCUAGAGCGCGAUGGGACAGACAUCCCGGCCGGCCAAACCCUCCCCUAACCCGGACGACGCUGGGCCAAUUGUGCGCCGCCUCAUGGGUCUCCCGGUCACGGCCAGCUGUGACACAGCCUGGGAUGGAAGCCGGUUCUGUAGUGACGCCUCAAGCACUGCGAUGCAGUGCCUUAGACCGCUGCACCACUCGGGAGGCCAAAGUUUCGCCAAACUUAAUUCCAAUUUGAUAUUAUGGGGGAAUCGUGUUUAGGCCAGUGACAAAAUAAUCUAAAUUGUAUCCAUUUUAAAUUCAGGCAGUAUCACAACAAAAUGUGGAAAAAGUCAAGGGGUGUGAAUACUUUCUGAAAACUGAUAACAGUUUAUGAGCUGGGUUUCCAGGUGCCAAUUUAAGACUAGUCCUGGACUAAAAGCAUGAUCUCCAGGACUAGCUUAAUCUGUGUCUGGGAAACUAGACACAAAUUGCUUUGAGAGAGUGCCGUUGAUGUUUUUAAGUGGUUAGUUCCACCCCUGUCACUGGGUAGUGCCUUUUGAGUGGCACUGAGUCUUAUCUGCCGGGGGGGAGAGACAAAGCCAUAUUCAUCCCAGCCGACUCUGUGCCGUGAGCAACAGGUUGGUUCAUGCUAUGGGCACAAACUCGUCAUUGAGUUGAACACUUAAUACAGGCACAGUGUUGACGUGUCUGUGUAAUUUAUCCUAUUGAUGUCAUUGUUUACAUUAAACACAUUCGUUUACAUUAUCUAUAGAAGCCACAGCCUUCGAUCUCCACAGUAUAGUUCCUGUCUUUGUCACAAAGUUCCUCCUGUACUUCUUAGUGCCUAUAUUCGUGCAGAAAACAUCCCGUUGAUCUGGUUAGAUAAGCAUUUCUAUGAUUUCCAUAGAUCAGCAUUUGUUGGUCUUUUUGAUGGUUUCUGUAACUGUUUGUUCUUGGUACAGUAAAGAGAUUCAUGAAAUGCUUGUGGUGUUCAUUCACUCAUGUGAUGUCAGAUCCAGGCUAACUAUCUUGUCUGACUAUAAGUGUUUCUGUAUAAGAGUGUCUGCUAAAUGUAAUGUCUUCCUUCCUCCCCAGCACGGUGACAUGGACCAGAAGGAGAGGGACCUGAUCAUGAGGGAGUUCCGCUCUGGCUCCAGCCGUGUCCUCAUCACCACAGAUCUGCUGGUGAGUUGAGUUCUGGAGACGCCACAGCACCCUACUACCUUGGUAGAGCACGCUGUGCCCUGAAUCUUUUCAUAUGUUGGAUGUAAAAUUAUAUGAAUAUCUUAUUAUAUUAAUCCAAUGUGUAAGUGGGCUCUAUAUGAUCUAUUUAAUCAGCCUACUCUUAAAGAACAGUGAUGACAACAUUUUAAUCAAGUGGCAACAUUUUUAGUAUGUGAUCCCUAUUGGAUCUGAACCCAUAACCUUUGGCAUUGCUAGCACCACACACUCUUACCAACUGAUCCACACAGGACUAAGCUAGCCUGCACCAGUGUGCAGGGUAAUACAGCUAGAGGUCAGGCAUUGAAGGAGUGCUAAUCAUGUUUCUCCUUUCAGGCUCGAGGAAUUGAUGUUCAGCAGGUGUCUCUGGUUAUUAACUAUGACCUGCCGACCAACCGUGAGAACUACAUUCACAGGUAGGAGGGACCCUUAGGGCUGGCCGUAUUUUACUAUAUACCGGUAUUGAUGCACGGCCCGGUUUGUGAUUUUACUUUACCUUCUAUAAUGGUAUUUGAAUGUUUGGUUUGUUAAAUAUGAUAUGCUACUUGAGUCAUCUCCUCUCACUCUCUCCCUCUCUAUGCCGCUUUCCACCCAGACCAAUCAGCGCCCCGUCACUCAAGGAGUGCAGUUGUUGUUGCUCGACCACGAGACCACUUGCGCUCAGUAUGCAUGGUUAAUGCUGCACUUGCGACAAGAUGUUGAUGUCAACAAGCGUCAAGCGUUCUAUAAUUACACUAUUAGUUUGUGUAUCUUGCAGUCUGCAAACAGCUGGUGUCUUUUCUUAGCAAGUUGUUGCUAAAAUUGUAUAGUUUUAGCCACUAAUGCUAAUCGCUAGUUAGCUAAUAAGUGUACUGAGUCGGAGCAAACGUAGCUAGCUAAUACAGCCUGAUCCCAGUGCUGGUGUAGGCCUAGAUCAUUAUUGUGUUUGUCCAACAGUAUCUUCUAAAUCAGAGAGGAAUAGGCGAACCAUGAAUAUGUUAGCUACAUGAAGUAGCUAAGAGAGAACAUUUUAAUGUAGCUAAAUUAUAGGGUCCCCUAGGAAACACUGACCAACACUUUGGUUCCUACCCUGUAACAAUAAUUUCUCCCUGGCUUUUUCAUUCGUUGUCAUGUCAAACACUGUAUUCAAAGUGCCCACUAUUAUAUUCUAACUAUAGAAUUAGAAUAAUCAUUCUAUUUCCAUGAUUUCAUCAGUUCACCCAAGUGUUUUGAUCUAAAUCGCAAUUGCAAUUUUUGUUAAAUAUUAAGGCCUAGAUUUUUGGGCCCAUAUUGUGCACACCCAUUGUAGCAGUGUGGAAAUGAUCUCAAAGGAGUGCAGAAAUUGAUUCAAAUGCAGAGUAUUUAUUUUGAUUGAACAGUAUAAAUAAUCAGAAUGGAGAAAGCCCCAUUGAAAUCAAUUAGGGGGGAAUUCCGACCCGAGUUAAGCGCACGUAAAUUGAACGUAAUUUCCUUUUUAUGCAAUUUUUUUCUAUCUAUGCGUAUUCUGACCUUGAACUUAAGCAUGAGAAUAGCAUGCUAUUCACAGAAAUGGUGUGGCGGAGCUGCGUCUACAGAUAUGCUGUAUUCUGACCUUGACUUAAUUCCCUCAUAAUUCCACCACCUCUACUCGUGAUGAAACAAUGAAUAAGGUUGAGCGACAAGUCAGUUCCAAGUGGACACCAUUCUCCAAAGUGUUAUGUUAGGGGCAAAUCCAACACAACACUGAGUACCACUCUUCAUAUUUUCAAGCAUGGUGGUGGCUGCAUCAUGUUAUGGGUAUGCUUGUCAUCGGCAAGGACUACAAAGUGUUUUAGGAUAAAAAUAAAUGGACUACAGCUAUAAGCACAGGCAAAAUCCUUGAGGAAAACCUGGUUCAGUCUGCUUUCCAACAGACACUGGGCGACAAAUUCACCUUGCAGCAGGACUAUAACCUAAAACGCUAGGCCAAAUCUACACUGGAGUUGCAUAACAAGAUGACGUUCAAUGUUCCGGAGUGGCCUAGUUACAGUUUUGACUUAAAUCCGCUUGAAAAUCUAUGGAAAGACUUGAAAAUGGCUGUCUAGCAACAACCAACUUGACAGAGCUUGAAGAAUUUUGAAAGAAUAAUGUGCAAAUAUUGUACAAUCCAGGUGUGCGAAGCUCUUACAAUGUUUUUGAUUCAACUUCAGUCUUCUCCUAUCACAGCCAUUAAACUCUGUAACGGUUUUAAAGUCACGAUUGGCCUCGUGAAAUCCCUGAGUGAUUUCCUUCCUCUCUGGCAACUGAGUUAGGAAGGAUGCCUGUUUCUUUGUAGUGACUGGUUGUAUUGAUUAGGGUUGUCCCCGACCCAAAACAAUAUUGGUCGACCAAGAGUGGUCUUUUCUUUCGACCAAUCGAUUGGUUUACAUUUUUAAACGUGUACUUUUCCAUAUACAGUGAGGGAAAAAAGUAUUUGAUCCCCUGCUGAUUUUGUACGUUUGCCCACUGACAAAGAAAUGAUCAGUCUAUAAUUUUAAUGGUCGGUUUAUUUGAACAGUGAGAGACAGAAUAACAACAAAAAAAUCAAGAAAAACACAUUAAAAUGCAAAUCAAUUUAUAACAUUUUUGACAUUAGUUUUUCUGGUUUUUUUUGUUGUUAUUCUGUCUCUCACUGUUCAAAUAAACCUACCAUUAAAAUUAUAGACUGAUCAUUUCUUUGUCAGUGGGCAAACGUACAAAAUCAGCAGGGGAUCAAAUACUUUUUUCCCUCACUGUAUAGACCCACACCUUAUGUUUUUUUAAUAAAAUCAACUAAAUGUACUGAACUUGUCUGAUGCUUUAAGCAUGCUGUUUGAUUAAAUAAUUAAGACCCAUAAAUGUUUCAAGGGAGCCAGAAAUCGAUAGCCUAACCAGAAGAAAAAAAACCUGCUGAAACCGUUCCACUUUCUGGUCAACAGAUUGUCUUGUGUAGUUUUCAAUAAGGUUUUCAGUACAUUUAUCUAAUGCCAUCCCUUUAAAUUGGCUGUACCUUUUUAAUUAAAAUGUUCAACACUCACUAACGCAUCAGAAUAUUAUGGAUCAGUGAAAGAAAGCCAUGUAAAUACACGCAUUCGUCUCCUUUUCAGCACCAAUUGGUAGAUUUAAAAAUACUCUGAUCUUGAUACAUUUUUUAAAUAAAAAAUACACAUAAGUCAAUUUGUCCCAAUACUUUUGGUCCCCUAAAAUGCGGGGACUAUGUACAAAGAUUUCUGUAAUUUCUAAAUGGUUCACCCGAUAUGGAUGAAAAUACCCUAAAGGUCUGCUGAUAGUCUGCACUUUAACCUCCUAGUCAUUGUAUCAUUUCAAAUCCAAAGUGCUGGAGUACAGAGCCAAAACAACAAAAUGUGUCACUGUCCCAAUACUUUUGGAGCUCACUGUAAUUAAAACAUUCUAGAAAUCAUAAAUCAACUCUGUAGGUUUGGCGUUAUACUGUCAUUUGCGCAUGGCUACGGAAGCCUAUAAGCUUGGGUCUCCAAAUUUCACCCCAAGUUAUAAGGCCAGCAUUUCAAGAACUUCACUGUGGAAAAGGUGAUAUGUUGAUAUGCUUCAGUUUGCUACCAUAUGACUGGUUUCACAUUUAGAUAUAUUUACAAUCCCCUUAUCCAAACGACUUACUCAUUUACCUAGCUCUAAUCAAUAGCGCUUAUCAAUUUGUAAAUUACAGUGCAUGGAGAAUGGUGUUAUUUCUAUUAGAAAAAAUAAAGAUGUUCCACUUGGAACUGACAGGUUGCUCGACCUUAUUCAUCGUGCGUAAAGGUGGUGGAAUUAUGAGGGAAUUAAGUAGAGCUCAGUUAUCUGUAAAGACACCUCUGCCACAACUUCAUUUUUUUUGGAUCUCCACCCCAAACAAAUAGCGUAUGAAUAGCAUGCUAUUCUCGUGCUUAAAUUAAAGGUCAGAAUAUGCGUAGAGAGAAGUGCAUAAAAAGGGAAUUAUAUAUAAUUUGCGUGCGCUUAACUCUGGUUUGAAUUCCACCCGUAGAAUUUGUUGCCACCCUAGGGGCAUGCAUGCACUAGUCAUACAGCAAAUUAAUCAGGAAUUCCUGCUUUUUUUGACAUUUCCAGAGUUUUCUAUAUUUUCCUGCUCACAUUCCUCCUGGUUUGUUUAUUUCAAUACUGUUUUAAUUAUAAAUGCAAAUCGUCAGGGUUCAUAUUAACCUUGUCUUUGCUUGUUGUGUGCCAGGAUCGGGAGAGGAGGCCGUUUCGGCAGGAAGGGUGUUGCCAUCAACAUGGUGACUGAGGAGGACAAGCGCACACUCCGGGACAUUGAGACAUUCUACAACACCACAGUAGAAGAGAUGCCCAUGAAUGUGGCUGACCUGAUCUAG